AUGGAGAUUGGUGAAAUGGGGAGAAAGGAACCAGAAACAGAGAUUCCAUGGGUUCCUACAACCCCUGCUAAGCCAAUUCUACCAAAAUCAGUUCCGAUCUGCACUCCAGCGGAGGGAAACGACCAAACCCAUCAUCAUGGUAAUGAAGCAGUUGCAUGUUCUGAAUUCUCAAAUGGGUCAGAGAAAAACAGAGAAUCUUGUCAUGGAUCAGUGCCUAUGGCUACAAUUGCAGACAAUGCAAGUGAUAAUGGCAAAAUCUGUGAAAAGACAGGUUUUGGUAAUGUUUCAUGUUGGAGUGACCUAGGUGGUUCGGCCAAAUUUAUGUUUCCGGCAGAGGUGGGUUCGUCGAACUCUUAUGCAACGCAGCUCGGAAACAAUAAUGGAUUGAAUGAUCUAUUUGUUCCAAGGGUUCCUCAAGAAACAUCUGACAAUGCUUGCUGUAGCAAGAGAACUUCCCCGGAUGACCCUACCGAAAUGCUUAACAAGGAUGGACCCUCACUGAACAAAGAGCUAUGCGGCCUUGUUGUGGAACUUACUGGUGCUUCUUCACCGUUGAAGGAGAAUCACAACCCAGAUGAAGGGAGCAGCCUCGGUACGGGUCUGAAUAAAACACCAGAAAAAAAGCCGAGGAGAAAAAAGCAUCGCCCCAAGGUCAUUAGAGAAGGCAAACCCAAAAGAACUCCUAAGCCAGCUACGCCAAAGCCUGCACAAUCAAAAGGAAACACAACUGGCAAGAGGAAGUAUGUGAGAAGAACAGAAUUGAACAAAGCUCCUACUCCUGCAACAGAAGUGACCGGAGAACUCACUGAAAAAAUUCCUGAAGCUGCCGAAAUAUCAUGUAGAAGGUCCUUAAAUUUUGAAAUAGGUACAAAAGAUGAGAGUUCUGCAGGCAGAAAAAGUACAACUGGACUUCUAGACAAAGAAAAUGGUGUAGCCGUACAAGAACCAGAUGUUGGCCUUGCUUUUGAUUUAUACACUCCGGGUAAGCAUCCAUCAAACAGUUCCAUGUCAUUACCAGAAGAUACACAAGUUCCAGAUACAUCUUCACAAAGCAUCCACCCUGAGGCAUCUUCACAAAGCAUCCACCCUGAGGCAAAGCCAAAAGAAAACCCAACUGGCAAGAAGAAACGUGUGAGAAAGAAAUUGAACAAGCCUCCUACACCUCCAACAGAAGUGACAGGUGAACUGACUACAGAAACGAUGUCUGAAUUGGCCAGACCACCCUGUAAAAGUUCCACAAAUUUUGACAAAGGAGGAAUGGAAGAGAGUUCUACUGUCAAAGAGAAUGUAGUCAUAGAGGGAACAUACCCAGAUCUUGCUUAUGUGAGAAGGCCGGGAUUAAAUGAGUCUUCUACUCCUACUAAAGUAUCCGAAGACUUGCCUGGAAAAACGAUGCCAGAAUCUGCGAAAAAUUCUUGUACAAAGUCCUUAAAUUUUGAUGGAGGAGAAAGAGGUGAAAGUUCUGCCAACAGAGAAAAUGCAAUUGUGCAUCCGAGCAUAGAAACUGGUACAGCACUGCAGGAAAUUGAGGUGGACCUUGCCUAUGAUAUGAAGGCUCUCAUGAAGCAGGCAGCAGAAAACAAUUACAUGUCAUUUUUUAAUAAUGAACAAACCCUAAGUACAUCCCCUUCAAAAACUAAUUCUCCCGGGGAAAAGCCGAGAGGAAGCCUGACAGAAAAUACGUAUCAGAGAAGAAAACGAAUGAACAAGUCUCCUACUUCCCAAACAGAAAUGACAGGAGGACUGACUGGGGUGCUGAUGACAGAAUCUAAAGAAACAGCAAUGAGUAGGUUCUCGGAUUUUGAUAUGGCAACGAAGUAUGAAAGUUCUGCUCACAGACAAAUUGUAAAUGUGCAAAUGGACGAUGUAGUAGAGGAAACACCUGUAGGCCUUGCCUAUAAAGACAGUUGGAUGAAGCAGGCAUUACAUAGUUACAUAGCAUUACCUGAAGGUGAGAGGAAGUGUGUGAGAAAGAGAGCGAACAGGACUUUUACACCCAAAAAAAUGACAGGUGAGUUGACUAAACCAAUCAUGUCUGAACCUACCAUAAUAUCGUGUAGAAUGUCCAUAAAUUUUGACACAGGAGGAAGAGAUGAAAGUAGUAUGUGCAAUGAAAGCCUCGCCAAUGAUCAAAACACCUUGGUGAAAGAGAUAGCACAUAAUUACACGUCGUUAUCUGAAAACACACAAGCUCCAAGUACAUGUCUUCCAAAAAGCAAUCUUCUUGAGGUGAAGCAGAAUGCCAGGAACAAAAAUAAAAGAAAGGGUCUUGCAGAGGCUGAGGAUGGAAACAUCAGUAAUGCUCAGGCUUCGACUGUAAAGUUACAGAUGAUUGGUUGCGAGAGAGAGCAUUCUAAAACCACUGAAAGAGCAGAUAAUAGUCAAGCUUCAACAGUAAACUUACAAAUGGAAAUGGUUGAUUGGGAGGGAGAGCAUUCUGGAACCAAUGAACGCGCAGAUAACAGCGGCAUGAAUCUGAUCGGGGCACACUAUAAUGAAUUGCACUCAUACCAGUCAAAGCCUCCGCUUCAGUUUCCAAAUACACGUCUUCCAAAAUGCAAUCCUCCUGGAAGGAAGCGGAAUGCCAGGAACAAAAACAAAAGAAAGAGUCUUGCAGAGGUUGAGGAUGGAAACAUCAGCAAUGGUCAGGCUUCAACUGUAAAUUCACAAAUGGUUGGUUACGAGGGAGAGCAUUCUGGAACCACUGAACGUGCAGAUAAUGGUCAAGCUUCAACAGUAAAGUUACUAAUGGAAAUGGUUGGUUGCGGGACAGAGCAUUCUGGAACCACUGAACAUGCAGAUAACAGCAGCGUGAAUCUGAUUGGGGCACACUCUAAUGGAUUUCACUCAUACCAGUCGAAGUUUCCACCUCAGUUUCUAAAUAUCCAGAAGAAAAGGAGAACUGAAAAGGGAAAAACUUCUAACACUCAUAUUACAUCUUCUGUGAAUACCAAAAAUGGAGUACCACCAAUAUUUGCUCCCGAAGAUGCUCAAGUGCAUCCUUAUGCUUCAAACGACAGCUCCUGGAUGUAUGGUUUGGGAUAUAAUGCAGCUGUACGCCGAAUCAUAAAUGAAUCUAGAGAAAAUCAUUUUCAUAGCACUCAAACAUUUGAUGAGUUCAGAUUAUCUUUGAGAAGGAUGGCAGAAAUAUCUCUAUUACCAAAUCAAACUUGUGACUAUAAUUCUCUAAUGAGAAUUAGAAACUGCAUUGAACCAAAUUACAAUGCAAAACAACUGGACUUUUCAGACCGGCAAACAAUUAGAGAAGCAGAAAGACCACAAACAUGCACUGACGUCUUAGUUGAAGAUAUGCAUGUGUCAUGUGCAAAAAAGAAGCGAAGUAGAAAGAGAAGUGUUCUUUCAAGUUCAAUGCGUCCUAACAAAGAUGAGAUGCAACAGUGCCAUAAUUCUGCAUUGGGAAAUCACCAGCUGACACUGGGGAAACCAUCAGGUACUGCUCGCAGAGUAGUGCGGAAAAUAACGUAUAAUGUUGAAGCAUUAACAGAGCAAUUUAGACAGCUAAACAUAAACACGGGAGGGAAAGAACUUGCCUUAUAUGGGCAGACUGCACUUGUUCCCUUUCAGGGCUCAUUUGAUCCCAUCAAAAAACAACGCCCACGACCUAAAGUUGAUCUUGAUGAGGAAACUGAUAGAGUGUGGAAGCUUUUGCUGUUAGAUAUAAACCAUGAUGGGGUUGAUGGAACAGAUGAAGAAAAGGCCAAAUGGUGGGAAGGAGAACGUAAUGUGUUCCGUGGACGAGCAGAAUCAUUUAUUGCACGUAUGCAUCUUGUACAAGGAGACAGGCGAUUUUCUCGAUGGAAAGGAUCAGUUGUGGAUUCAGUGGUGGGAGUUUUCCUCACUCAAAAUGUCACAGACCAUCUUUCCAGUUCUGCAUUCAUGUCACUUGCUGCUCGAUUUCCCAAAAAGUCAGGCAGCAUGUGCGGAGAAGGCACGAGCCUGGCAGUCAACAAACAACAAGUGUGUGUGGUGGAACCAGAAGAGAACACCGAAUGUGAUGUAAACUUAUUGAAUCAAUCUGUUUGCAACCAGAGUUCUAUGACAGUUGAUAUAGUUGAGCAUUCUAGAGAAAAAACUGUCAACAGCAAUGAUUCCUGCAGAAUUACCAGUAGCCCAAUUAGCUUAACAGAUGAAUCAAACUGCAAACAAACAGUAUCACCUCAAAGAAAUAUUACAGAAUGCCACAGCCCAAUGGUGGUGAUUGAGGACAGGGAAGAAAAAUCAUGUCAUGAUGGUACUGGGAAAGAGUUAAAUGACAUUGUUUCAUCCCAAUCCUCUGUCAUUUCAUCUCAAAUAUCUGGAGAUUUUUCAAAUGAUCAAAAUCCUGAGAAGAUAGGAUCAUGCUCAGAUAGCAACUCGGAAGUUGAAGAUCUGUCAAGCACAGCAAAAUACAACAACUGUGGUUCCUUCUCUAAGCUUCUUGAAAUGGUAAGUUCAACCAAGUUUUCUGAAGUUAACAGUCAAAGAAGCAAAUUAAUUGAGAACAUGAGAGAUGACAAUGCAACAGAAAGCUGGAAAAAAUCAAAUGUCGCUCAAAGCUCUGUAAGAGAAUCCAUCAUUCCGUCCCAUGAAUAUAAUUUGAAACUCACACUCAACUUAGGAGCACGUGAAGUUAACUGCUCUGAUCCUUUCAACACGGAAGCUUUGUCAAGUGGCAUCUUAAAGAAUAAAGAUGAAAAUGAGAUGAAUACACCUAGUUUUCAAACAGAUGAAUCUGCAGGCUGUGUUGCAGUCACUCAUUCUCAAACUAAUGCAUCUCAAGUCCAUCCUCAGGAACAGAGUAAUCACAUGCAGCAAAGCUUUUUUGACAUUGCUGGACAAACUCUUGAUCUGAUUCAGAAAGAAAGGGAUUUUAAUUUUGGUGAUCACAAAGAUGUUGUGAGGAGUGAAACCAAUGAGGUAACUUCUGACCCAAUAAAGAAAACCAAAAAUCAAUUAAAGGAGGAAAAGGAACAAUUUGACUGGGAUAGUUUACGAAGAAAAGCACAAGCUGAGGCUGGGAAAAGGGAAAAGACAGAAGACACCAUGGACUCCUUAGACUGGGAUGCCGUGAGAUGUGCAGAUGUCGGUGACAUUGCUAAUACCAUCAAAGAACGGGGCAUGAACAACAGGCUUGCCGAGCGUAUUCAGAAAUUCCUGAAGAGAGUGGUUGAUGAUCACGGAAGCAUUGACCUUGAGUGGCUCAGAGACGUUCCACCUGACCAAGCAAAAGAGUAUUUGCUGAGCGUACGAGGACUGGGAUUGAAAAGUGUGGAGUGUGUGCGCCUGUUAACACUGCACCAUCUUGCCUUCCCGGUAGACACAAAUGUUGGACGUAUAGCAGUACGAUUGGGAUGGGUACCUCUCCAGCCACUGCCCGAGUCAUUACAGUUGCAUCUCCUAGAAAUGUACCCAGUGUUGGAGUCCAUACAAAAGUACCUCUGGCCUCGUUUGUGCAAGCUAGAUCAGAAAACAUUGUAUGAGCUACAUUACCAGAUGAUUACAUUUGGAAAGGUCUUCUGUACAAAAAGCAAACCAAAUUGCAAUGCAUGCCCAAUGAGAGCAGAAUGCCGACACUUUGCUAGUGCAUUUGCAAGUGCAAGACUUGCCCUGCCUGGACCAGAGCAGAAGAGUAUAGUAAUUGCAGCUGGAAAUAGUGUGCCCAAUGAAAACCCACCUGUAGUCAUGAGUCAGUUGCAGUUGCCUCUUGCUGAGAACACAAACCAAGUGGAAGAAAUUCCCGAAACAGAAGUUAGCGGACAACUAGCAAGAUCUGAAAUAAAUAUCUGCCAACCUAUCAUUGAAGAGCCGACAACUCCAGAGCCAGAAUGUUCGGAACAAAUACUAAGUGAUAUCGAAGAUGCCUUCUACGAAGAUCCAAGUGAAAUUCCUACCAUUAAACUUAACAUAGAGGAGUUCACUCUGAAUUUACAAAACUAUAUGCAACAAAACAUGGAACUUCAAGAAGGUGAAAUGUCAAAGGCUCUGGUUGCUUUGAAUCCAGAGGCUGCCUCCAUUCCUGUGCCCAAGCUAAAGAAUAUUAGCCGAUUGCGAACUGAGCAUUGUGUUUAUGAACUCCCGGAUACGCAUCCUCUUCUGGAAGGGUGGGACAAACGAGAACCUGAUGAUCCUGGCAAAUAUCUUCUUGCUAUAUGGACUCCAGGAGAGACAGCAGAUUCAACACAGGCACCUGAAUGCAAAUGCAGAUCUCGCGAAGAAUACGGACAACUCUGCAAUGAGAAGGAGUGUUUCUCAUGCAACAGUUUCCGGGAAGCAAACUCACAGAUCAUUAGAGGAACACUUCUGAUACCGUGUCGAACAGCUACACGCGGGAGCUUUCCAUUAAAUGGCACUUACUUCCAAGUCAACGAGGUAUUUGCUGACCAUGAGUCGAGCCUUAACCCUGUUAGUGUUCCCCGAAGUUGGAUCUGGAACCUCAAUAGGAGAACAGUAUAUUUCGGAACCUCCACAACAUCAAUAUUUAAAGGUUUAUCAACACAAGAAAUUCAACAAGCCUUUUGGAGAGGGUAUAUCUGUGUGCGGGGGUUUGAAAGGAAAUUGCGAACACCGCGCCCUCUGAUGGCUAGACUACACUUCCCAGCUAGCAAACUGGCCAAAGCCAAAGAGAAGACAAAAAAAGAGCCAAGUCCUGUGAAGAAAUCACAAGUACCAAAACCAGCGAGGAAAUCACAAGAACCAAAACCGAAUCCUGAACAGCCUGAACUGAUUACAAAUGGUCACAGCCUUCAGGAGAAAGGAACAGCCUGA